UGCAGUGCGCAGGAGACGUGAAGGGGAAAAUCGACAGAAAGAACGAAACAACUGCUGUUGGAUUCUUAAUACCUGCAUCCAUAAGAACAUCACAAGAAAAAUCCCACCAGAAGAGGAAAAGGGGACGCGGGAAAUACAGAUUGCAGGCAUCAUCGGUAAGGGGAACCACAUAAGUAUGAGCGGACAGUAAAUUGUUCCCCGAAUCCAUUUUCCAUCAUAUUCCACUGUCAUAGGACUGAAUGCAGAUCCUAUGUGCGCCCGCAGUAGCACAAAGCGGAGGUUUGGGAACCAAAUUGUGUCCAACACCAACGCUGAAAUCGGAUGUACAGUACGUAUUGUGCCGUUUCAUAUUGACCACGGUUUCUAAUCACAUUUACCAACGAUUCAUUAAUUACCUACCGGAUCCAGAUUGCUUGAUGGGGCGUCGAAACAGUUUCAACUUUUAACCCAAGGUGUGGACUUCACGGAGGAGGAAAGUGUUGAGCCAACCUGCAUUGGUCUAACCUGGGAGGGCGAUAAGUAAUCAGCAGCGACUCACCAAAGACUAAUCUGUUCAAAACCCGAACUGCAACGGACGCGUUUGGAUAGCAGAUGAUCCUGUGCGUAAUUGUUUUAUAGCGGACUCCUUUUCGGGUGAAGAGCUCUUUGUUGUGAUUGAAGUGACAUUAGCCCUCUCUUAUUUUCAUGGCUUUGGAGUGCAGUAGUAGGAACAGUAUGUGGAGCGAGGGGACAGUGCAUGAUUAGUUCGUUACAGAACGCACUUUCCUCGCCUUAUUUCCAGGUCCGAGAUAUUGGCCACAACAUAAGGACAAUUGCUGCAACUACAACGAAGUCCUGUACAGAAAUAGACUUUACAUUAAACCAUUCAGAUUAUUUCUCUCGCUGCUGCCAUCGUAGUAUGUCUGCACUCCGAAAGAAAUUUGGGGACGAUUAUCAGGUAGUGACCACCUCAUCCAGCGGGUCUGGAUUCAACCAGCCGGCACCAGAGAAGAAGAAGAAGAGGCAACGCUUUGUGGACAAGAACGGGCGAUGUAACGUCCAGCAUGGAAACCUGGGUGGUGAAACCAGUAGAUAUCUUUCCGAUUUAUUCACCACACUGGUCGAUUUGAAAUGGCGCUGGAAUUUAUUCAUCUUCAUCCUUACAUACACGGUGGCAUGGCUCUUCAUGGCCUUCAUGUGGUGGAUCAUAGCCUACAUAAGAGGAGACCUCCAUCGAGCCCACGAUGACAAGUAUACGCCAUGCGUUGCCAAUGUCUACAACUUUCCCUCCGCGUUUUUAUUCUUCAUUGAAACGGAAGCCACAAUAGGAUAUGGCUAUAGGUAUAUCACGGACAAAUGUCCCGAGGGGAUCAUUCUCUUUCUUUUCCAGUCAAUCCUGGGAUCAAUCGUUGAUGCUUUUUUGAUUGGCUGCAUGUUCAUUAAGAUGUCCCAGCCCAAAAAAAGGGCAGAGACUUUGAUGUUCAGUGAACAUGCAGCUAUUUCGAUGCGAGAUGGAAAACUAACUCUCAUGUUCAGAGUCGGCAACCUGCGUAAUAGCCAUAUGGUCUCCGCACAGAUCCGCUGCAAAUUGCUGAAAUCUCGUCAGACGCCCGAAGGCGAGUUUCUUCCUCUGGAUCAGUUGGAAUUGGACGUGGGCUUCAGUACCGGGGCGGACCAGCUCUUCCUGGUCUCACCACUCACAAUCUGCCAUGUGAUCGACACCAAAAGCCCAUUCUACGAACUCUCCCAGAGAUCCAUGCAAACAGAGCAGUUUGAAAUUGUGGUCAUAUUGGAAGGAAUAGUGGAAACCACUGGGAUGACUUGCCAAGCGAGGACCUCUUACACUGAGGACGAGGUUCUAUGGGGACAUCGUUUCUUCCCAGUCAUCUCCCUGGAGGAGGGGUUCUUCAAGGUGGACUACUCUCAGUUUCACGCCACAUUUGAGGUCAACACUCCCCCGUACAGCGUGAAGGAGCAGGAGGAAAACCUGCUCAUGUCCUCUCCACUCAUGGCCCCGUCCCUGUGCAACAGCGGCGAGGGAGGGAAGAACAGCUCCAUAGACUGCCUGGAGAACCUGGAGGACAAGGAGAGCACCACCACCAAGCUGCCAUCCAAGCUGCAGAAGAUGCAAGGGGGUGGCUGCGGACGGGACGGGCUGCCCAUGCCUAGGAAGCUGCUGAGGAUGAGCUCCACCACUUCGGAGAUGAUCUACCCCGGGAGCAUGGGGGAGCUGCCUAUGAAGCUGCAGCGCAUCAGCUCCGUCCCCGGCGUCUCCGAUGAGAAACAGAUGAGCAAGAUGGUCUCCAAGAUCAGCUCCGAUCCCAUCAGCCAAUCCGUGGCAGACUUGCCCCCCAAGCUGCUAAGGAUGCAGGGGGGAGGGGGGGUAGGGGGCCGAAUGGACGGACACCUGCCCCCGAAACUCAGAAAGAUGAAUUCCGACCGCUUCACGUAGAAUGGGCAACCCGUUUUAACUUAUCACACCCCAUACCCUUAUUCCAACCCUUGUAUUAUUUCAAAUUUAUUAAAAGACAUGAUUCUUAUACUCAAGAAAAUGUAGUGUAUAUAUUCGUACAGAUAUACCUUAUAUAAAGGGGGGGUGAUGGAACACAGAACAUUUGUUCCUGGAUGGAAGCAUACGUGCUAUGAUGAAAGACCUCUGAUUUUUUCAGGACAAUGUACGAUUAGCACAAUCUGGCAUGUCCAAUACACUAACCGCAUGCAAAACAGAUUCGCUCUAAUUUCUGGCAUGACAUUUAUUGCUGUAUUAUUUUACAGAGAUGAUUUGAACAGUGACAUUACUUACAAUGGGUCCGAACAUUUGCACAACGCCACGUGGUUUACAAAAAUGGAAAACCUACAUUACAUGGGUCUCAUUUACGGCGGAGAAGGCUGCAUACAUUUGAUUUGAGUUGGCCGCUUUUGUUGUUUACUGUAAAAUUGUGUGGCAACGCUCUGUUAAAUGCAUGCUACUAUUAUUGUCUUAGCUAGACAAAGGUAAUAGACACAGAUGUUUAGCCUUUACUAUAUUACCUUGUUUCCAUUUCCACGUUUGUUCACGGCUGUAUUUUUGGUAUUUCAUGUAUAGGAGGAUGUCUUACCAUGUGCAAUUUUUACACCUUCCUUAGUUCAGCAAGCGUACUGUAUGUUGCUGGGCGACGCAAUCUAUAUUUGCAAAUGCAUGGUCCACAUCAUAUGACAGAUUGGAACUGGGCACAAUCUUAUUAAGCAACGUGAGUUUACUUUACAAGGUAACACUUAUGUUGGAAGGGCCAAUACUACCGCCUUAUAAGCACAACAUAACCAUUACACAACACACAGGACACUAUUUCGGGUACUGUUUAUGGCAGGAAGCAUUUAUGGUGUUUUGACAAAUGUCCUGAGCAGUACUGUACAAUGCCUCUUUUACAUGGAAGUUAAAACAACUGAACACAUGGUCGUGUAUGCCUUCUCAAACAGUCGUUUUGAAGUUCAAAUGAUUAUUUAUUCGACUUUUCAUUGAAAACAUGUGCACCAAAAUUUCGAGUUAACUGUCACCGCAUAGAUCUAGAUUUAGAGGUGGACCUAUAUUUAGGAAAAAGUAACCACCUUUGUCUUAAGAGUCUAUUAUGCUCUCUCUUGAACUAAAGCAAUAAUGUUAUUCUUAAUGACUAUAAUCUUUAUAUACCCACAGGGUCUGCAGCAGCCCCAUUACCAGUAUAUUUACUGAAUCAAUGCCAUGGAACCUGGUCCUACUAAAACCACCAAUGACAUUGUAUGAUACUCAAACUCUUCAGGAAUAAAGAUCUAAGAGGCAA